GUUCGCAUAAACUAUACACUGACAAAGUCACCGAAAAACCACUCCCUAGAGCUCUUCCCCCUUCUCGGUGUCGUCCUUCCAAAUCCGUCCCUGCUGCACCUCCCUUCCUUAUUUCAAAUUACAUCAGCGGACUCCAAGGCAGAACUUUCUUAUUUUAUUUUGACAAUGAGCUCAAUAGUAUCUCCUUCCCUCAUAAGAUCGUGUUGGAGGGAGAGUUUGCAAGUCCGAGACCCACUUGUUGUGUACGUAAUUACCUAAGGAGAUGUCCUUGCUGAAGCAUCUUUGGGGUGAUUUGGAGAUUCAACUUAAAGUAUCAAUGUUUUAUAAUUCUGCAUCUUUAUCAGGUCUGAAGUGAAUCUCGAGAAGUUUGUUCAGCCUAGUCUGUCACUGAGAUAACUAAAAUACUAGAGGUCUCACUACAUUGCAUCCGAAACAAAUUAAUUAGUAUUAUUUUCCAAAAAUGACAGAAAUCUUCAGUUACACAGCUUGCAGACAGUUAUCUCAGAUGUUCCUUGCAAUAAUCUUCUUUCACAGUUCUGAAUACGUUUUAGCUGCUGCCAUCCAUGGGAGAUCAAGUGUUACUCUUAAGUCUCUUCUGAUCAGCAAAAACUACAUUUUGGCAAUGUUCUUUUCAUUUGUGGAGUACUUAAUUGAAAUCAUUUUCUUUCCUGGGCUGAAGGAACACUGGUGGGUAAGUAACUUGGGACUGGCAGUGGUUAUAAUCGGUGAAAUCGUAAGGAAAACAGCAAUCAUUACAGCCGGUCAGGCCUUCACACAUAUUAUCAAGAUUUAUCAUGAGGAGCGUCACGAACUGAUUACUCAUGGAAUCUAUGGGCUUGUCCGACAUCCUGGAUACUGCGGUUUCUUCAUCUGGUCAGUUGGUACUCAGAUAAUGCUCUGUAAUCCCAUAUCAACAAUCGCAUUUGCUAUUGUUGUUUGGCGCUUCUUUGCGCAAAGGAUUCCAUACGAAGAGUAUCUUUUGAGGCAAUUUUUUGGGUCACAGUAUGCGGAAUAUGCCCAACGAGUUCCUUCCGGGGUGCCCUUUGUGAACUGAUAAUCUAUAGAUUCUGUGGAUUGCAUUUAGCUAGCUGCCUCAUCAUUGUUAAUAAGGUUUUAAUUUAGUCUUCAUGAAGCAACAAGAAACUACUUUGAAGCUGAACUGAUCAAUGGCUUGCAGGAAUGGCCAAGUUAUCCACUCCCAUUACUGUGGCUCUAUAUUUGCUGGUAUUCUCAA